UGAAUUUUCAGUUACCUGCUUCACAUAGGUACCACACUAUAUAUCUAGUACGUACGAGUGGUAAAUAUUUCUUGGAAAGUUCAGGUCAUCAUCUCCAUUGCUAAUUAAAUGAGUCCAUCCGAUCCCCAGGAACUUUUUAUGUAAUGUAAAGGCAUAAAGAGGUGUUUCUUGGCCGGAAGAGGAAGUUUGUGUUUGAUUGGUUAUACUGCUGCGCUCUCUCUCAAAGAUUGGUUUUGAAAAAUGUAUGUCAGAAAGGUCUUUGCUAAUAUGAGCAUAAAGAUGUCCUUUUGAUGCUUCUCUUUUCCUUUAUUUUUCUCUGAUCCCACUGUCUGCAGCGCAGAUUUAUGCCUUCACAAACUAAAUGUGGAAACUGCAGUAGUCUUGGCCAUACCCAAUUCUGUAAAAAUUUGAAGGAGAGACAGUGAGUAGAAUUAUAUUAUCCAUGAGUAGAAUUAGCCCAAUUCUGUUGUUGGUGAUAGUAAUUCUAGCUGUAAUCUUCUUUCUGUUUGGUCUUUUUCAUCUUCUGGUUAGAUAUUUGAUGAAAAGGCCUUGUUUUUCAUCUGUUUCUCAGUCGUCCAAUAGAUUCCCAGAAACAACUUCUGGCUCCCAAGCUCUCCAGCGCCAGCUACAACAGCUCUUUCGCUUACACGAUUCCGGGCUGGACCAAGCCAUCAUAGAUACCCUGCCACUGUUUUUGUACAAGGAUAUCAUGGGUUUGAAGGAGCCAUUUGAUUGUGCUGUUUGUUUGUGUGAAUUUUCAGGAGACCACAAGCUGAGGCUGCUGCCCUUGUGCAGCCAUGCCUUUCACAUCCACUGUAUAGACACUUGGUUGCUGUCAAACUCCACAUGCCCUUUGUGCAGAGGGGUGAUUACUGGCUCUGCUCAUCCAUAUCAUCCAAAUUUGUUGUUGGCCAACGACUCCUCCUCGGGCAUUCAUAAGACGCAAAUAAUUCAAGAAAAUAAUGGUGGUGACAUGAGGGUGUUUUCAGUGAGGCUUGGAAAAUUCAGAAACGUGAAUGUGCAGGGGCUGGGGGCUUCGGUUUCAGGCGAAAGAGGAGGUGAAGAGGAAAGGGAAAACAGUAGUAGAUGCAACAUGGAUGCAAGGAGAUGCUUCUCUAUGGGGUCAUUUCAGUAUGUGGUUGGUGAUUCAGAUUUGCAGGUUGCUCUACCUCUACCUAGUAUUAUUAUUAGUAAUGGUGGAGCCACCAAGGUUGAAGGUCCCAGUAGCAGCUCAUUAGAAGGAAAGAAAAUCAGUGCCAGAACUGAAGGGGAAAGCUUCUCAGUAUCCAAGAUUUGGCUUUGGUCCAACAAAGAUAAUUAUAAGUUUUCUUCUAGUACAAAUAAUCAUCCUCUGCCAAUCACUAAUACAACUCAAUUUGUUUGAUCAUCUAUAAUUUCACACUUGACAUGGCCGGAGGAGCGUGCAUAGGUAUUUUUUAGAGCAUUUUGUAAUGUAAUAUCUGUACCUGUGGAUUGCCUGCCUGCCUGCCUGCACUAUAAUACAAUGUCCUCUCAUCUUCUUUCAAUUUUGUUAUCUUUACACUUUACUUUUCUAAGGAAUAUGUUCUGUUUUC